AUCAGAACCGUGGAAUUUUAAAAAAUUAGUAUUAAUUGUUAUAUUUUAAUGGUAAGGAUUGAGCUUCAAACACAUUAUAGUUUUGAGGGAAAGAAAUGGUCAAGAUUGAGCUCCACUGCAUCACAGAAGAAGGGAUGGCGUGGCUCUAUAAAUUGCAGUACUAUCUCCUUCCUCAUAACCUCAUUCCAUACAUACUUCAGUCAAGAAUGGCUUCAACAAUGAUAUCCAUUGCUUUCUUCUUCCUCCUCCUCCUCUCAUCAUCGGCUGUACUUGCCGACAAUGACAAUGCACAAAUCCCUAGCGAUAAAAGUCAACUAGCUCCAUGGUUCAGAAAUAGCAUCCAGAAGUACAAGCUCCGGAGGACGACGCUGGAUCCAGCCCUAGUGGAGGCGGAGGACAGAGUAAAAAUCAUCAAGGUGAGUAAAACCGGUGGAGGAGUCUUCAAUACGGUGAUGGCGGCAGUCAAUAGUGUUCCAGCCGGUAAUACUCAGCGCGUGAUUAUAUGGAUUGGAGGCGGAGAAUAUGAAGAGAAAAUCAAGAUCGAUAGGGAUAAGCCCUUUAUAACAUUCUACGGAUCACCGGAGGACAUGCCAAAGCUGUCAUUUGAUGGGACGGCAGCCCAGUUCGGGACAGUGGACAGCGCAACGCUCAUAGUGGAGUCGGAUUACUUCAUGGCGGUGAACAUAAUUGUCAUUAACUCGUCCCCAAGGCCGGACGGGAAAAGGAAGGGAGCCCAGGCGGUGGCACUGAGGGUGUCAGGCGAUAAGGCCGCGUUUUAUAACUGCAGGCUGAUCGGUUUUCAGGACACCCUAUGUGAUGAUAGGGGCAGGCAUUUUUUCCAUGGAUGCUACGUUGAAGGCACUGUGGACUACAUAUUUGGAAGUGGAAAAUCUCUGUAUUUGAGCACUGAGCUACAUACCAAGGGAGACGGCGGAUUUUCAGUGAUCACAGCGCAGGCAAGGAACCUUGAAUCGGAGGACAAUGGAUACUCAUUCGUCCACUGCACCUUGUCAGGUACUGGCGGCAACACUUUCUUAGGGCGGGCAUGGAUGAGUAGACCGAAGGUGGUGUUUUCAUACACCUUCAUGAGCCCUGUUGUCAGUCCUUUAGGGUGGUCCAAUAACAUCCACCCUGAACGGGAAUCAUUGGUUUUCUAUGGAGAAUACAAGUGUAUGGGACCAGGGGCAGACACAUCUAAACGAUCCAAAUUCACCAAGGAACUAGACGAUGAUGGAGCCACACCCUUCAUCACCCUCAACUACAUUGAUGCUUCAACAUGGUUGCUUCCUCCCCCAGGUCUUGCACUCCGUUGAAAGACAUGAACAAAGAUACACAUUUGGUAUGUAACCUGCGAUGAAUGAUGAUGGCCACGUUCUGCUUUCAUUCCCUUGACUUUGGGUGGUCGGAAUAGUAAUUGAAAUGGGGGAAUCAUAAUGCAUGUAUACCAAUAAUUGUAAUUCUAUGCCUAUUAAAUGAAUUGUCAUUAUUGUUAAAAA